CAAUCAAUAAUCAGAAAGCGGCCGCGGGAAGCUGCUAAUGCUAGCUAGCUCAUUCCGUCCUGGCAGAUGUGGCAUUUAAGAUCAGGCGCUCGAUCGAUCUCAGGCGUACAAGCAUUCCUUUCGAGCAUGAUUUGAAGCAUCAUGCAGGAAAAAGGAAGUACUUGGUCGUGAGAUUAAAAUGGCCGAGGCCCCUUCUAUACAGUUGAGCGAGGCUGCUGUUGUACAGAUUAAUAUAGAGAGCGCUGCUGCUUUUGUAGAGAAGGCAGAGGAUGCUACUCAUGAUGAAGAGAUAAAAGAGCUUACUGCUUCGCUCUUUGACACCGAACCCUUGAGGCCUUCCAAGUGGCCCGAGCUUUGCAUCUACAGGGUCCCCAAAGAACUCCGAGUGUUCAGGGACAAAGAAAUUAAACAAUACACUCCAAAGCUAAUUUCAAUAGGCCCCUUUCACCACGGCAACCAAGAACUGCAGGACAUGGAGAACAUGAAACUCAUAUAUUUCAAGGAAUUCUGUUAUCGGACUAGGAACGCCGAGCAUAAUCUUGUAAAGUUCGCUGCAGAUAAAAGAUGCGAAGUCGAGAGAUCGUAUUCAGAGAUGUUUCAUAUCGCUCAUGAUAAGUUCUUGAGAAUUAUCCUACUGGAUGCUGUCUUCAUCGUGGAGCUCUUCUUGAGGUUCUCUAACUCUCAAACUCAUGCUCAUGGAAACGAUUUGAUAUUGAGUAAACCAUGGAUGAUACAUGCUAUAAGGCUUGACUUCCUAUUACUCGAGAAUCAGCUUCCAUAUUCUUUUCUCGACGAAUUCUUCCAAUUUUUAGGUGAUGAUUGUUCUCCUACCUUUCUUGAGCUUGCCUGUAAUUUCUUUUGCUUGAAAUUUAAGGGCGAGAUUUCAAAGGAAUUGAAGGAAGUAAAACAUUUCACUGAUUUGCUGCGAACAUUUCACAUUCUUCCGAUCCUAAAAGCUGUGAGUAUUGAUUGUAGUGAAAGGCCUAGUACUGGCCGUGAACGGACUAAAGCUAUGCACAGUACAAAAAAGUUGGAUGAGUCAGGAGUGAAUUUCAAGGCGACGGUUGCAAAAGAAGUAGGCUUACUCGGCAUAGAAUUCCAGAAGAUGAAGGGCUUGGAACACUGUCCGUGCAUCAAUUUCUCAUGGCUUUUGAAUUGCUUACCUUGGUUCAAAUGCCUUCCAAUUUUGGAGCGUACGCAGCCACGCCUGAAAAUCCCACAAUUGGAGAUAACAACCGGAACUGAACUUUUUUUCCGAAACCUCAUUGCCCUGGAGCUGUGCCAUUAUCCAUCGGAAUCUUAUUACUUCUGUAAUUACAUUUGCCUGUUGGAUUUUCUCAUCAACACUGAAAGAGACGUGGAACUACUUGUUGACAAAAGUGUUAUCAUCAACCGUCUUGGUAGUAAUGCAGCAGUGUUGACUCUAAUUAAGGAACUGGGUUCUCAGAUUGUCCCCAUUCCUGCUAGUUCCUGUUUCAAAGACAGCAUCCGUCGAAUGAAUCAGCACUGUAAGAACCCUUGGAAUCGGGUCGUGGCAACCAUGUCAAGCGUGUAUUUCCCUGAUAUUUGGAGAGGUACUGCAACUGUGCUUGGACUUAUUAUCCUGGGUUUCACUCUAUGGAAUUUUAUUCGGCCUUUUGUACUUAUGAGGCAUUAACAUCGGCGGUACUGUAAUGUCUGUUCAAGUGCUUUGCUUUUAGUUGAACUUGGUUACCUUGUUGCUGAGUUACCCUGCAUCUUUACAGGUUCUACCUAUAUAUAUAUAUAUUCGUGUUGCAAGUUUGUGAGUGGUUUUUAUUAGCAUCCGUACGUGAGUGUCGGUUGAAAUAUUGUCUGUACUCUGCAGAAUUCUAUGCUACGCUGUUUACGCCGAAUGAUCAUAUUAUC